CGCGCACGCAGGCGCGGAGGCCGCACGUGGCACCGGCGGCACCAUGGCGAGCGGGAAGGAGCGGCUGGACCGUGCCCAGGUGAAGAAGGCGGUGGAUGCUCUCGUGGCUUUCACCAGAAGCAAGGCCAAGGGAGACGCACUGCUCCUCAACGAGAGCGAGAGCAUCCAUCUUCUGGUGACGGUGUGGAAGGUCCCGCAGGUGUCGAAAGUCAUCAGAAUACCACUGCCCCAUGGCAUUCGACCAGAAACAACUGAGAUUUGCCUGUUCACAAAGGAUGAACCAAAUUUAUCAGCAGAGCAGACUGAAAACCUGUACAAGAAACUUCUACUCCGGAAUGGGAUCAGAAGUAUUAGCCGGAUCAUCUCAUACAAAACCCUCAAAAAGGAGUAUAAAAUGUUUGAAGCGAAGCGGCGCCUCCUCAACAGUUUUGAUCUCUUUCUGGCUGAUGACCGAAUUAGAAGGCUUUUGCCCUCACAUCUAGGGAAACACUUCUAUGAAAGGAAAAAGGCACCUUUAUCUGUAAACCUGAAAGCCAAAGAUCUUGCCAAGGAACUAGAAAAACAUGUCCAAGGGACUACACUCCCAGUUAACAACAAAGGGUGCUGUUAUACUACACACAUAGGUCACACUGGGAUGAAAGUGGAUGAGAUAAUUGAGAAUAUCAUUGCAGCAGCAAACGUGAUUGAUAACAAGUUACCAAAGAAAUGGAAAAAUGUAAAAAUUGUUCACCUCAAAACACUUAAAUCGGUGGCGCUUCCAAUAUUUACUGCAAAUAUCUCCAACCUGGAUGAGCUUGAUAAAGAGCCUUCUCUCAAGAAAAAGGGAGUACAGAAGGCAAAACCCAAGAAAGUGAAGAAGACAGGUAAAAAACUGAAGACACGUCAAGUCACUGUGACAACAGAAAAUAAAGCUGCUGCUGCUACCCAGGAGCCUGUAAUAAAAGAAAAAGUAGAAACAGUCCAAGAACCAGGUGGUUGUGAUGAUGAAGAAAUUCCACAACUGGUGCCUAUACAAACCACGAGCUCAGCUGACCCGAAGAAAAUGGAAAAAAGUCCAGAAAAAGGUAACAAUUUGGGCAAGAAAACCAAAACACCCCUCGGUAAGAGAAAGAAACAAACACCCCUCGGUAAGAGCAAGAAACAAGCUCUAGUGGUGGAGACUCCAAAAUCAAAACCUGAGCUUACAAAAGAGUGUGCAAACUUGCAGACUUCAUCAAAAGAGAAGAAAGCCAAGCAGGUCAGCAAGCCAAAGGAAGCAAUAAAAGAAAAAGACAUGAAAAAGACUCCAAAAAAACCUGAAGCAAAGUCUUUUGCAACACCCAAAGCUGGCAAGUCAACACAGUCAGCCAGGAAGUCUUCAAAACCAGCGAAGCAGGCACCCAAAAAGGCGCGUGUGCCGCAGUCGGCGUGAGCAGUGUCUGUUGUAACACAUUUUGUAUCCUCAGUCCAUGGUGUACUUUUACUAAACAAACGUACUGAUGAAGUAAAAUACCUUCUUAGGAAAUCUGA